GCCAAUGACAUCAUCAGUUUCGGAAGGAUGGGUCACGUGACGCGACCGUUCACCUGAAGAACAGGUAGCAGAAAGCGGGUGUGUUUAGCUGUACAGAGACCUAAGAAGAAAAACAAAACAAUACUCAUGUCAUCAGCGUACAGGUCAGCGGAGCGUUUUGAUCAUAUCCGAGAUGUCCCACACUAUGACCAAGUGCCUUCUGGGUCACUAUCUCGGGAACAGGACCUCCCGUACCCUGUUGCUGGUGUGAUGCCAGCUGUCAGUACCGACCCCUUACCACCUCCUCCUCUUCCGUUCGACCCACCAGUGGGUCCAGACUUUUACCCGAGUGAUACUGAGGACCAACCGGAUGAAGCCAUGGACAUCAAACCAGUGCGCCGUUUCAUCCCUGACUCUGUGAAGAACUUCUUCCGUGGUGGAAGCUUCCGGAGCAGCAAAACCCAGUCAUUUCCGCCACCUCCAUCGGAAAUCAUGAACAGCACUACCAAAGGGGUGCCAUGUUCGCCUCCGCAAUCUCGGUCAUCUUCACCCAACGCCCUCAGCUCCUUCAGUGAUCCAUAUGGAGGCUCCGGAGGUAGCUACGCCUCACGUAAGGAACAGGCAGCGCUGCUUGGUGAGCCAGUCGAGUCGGUGUCUGUAUCGGUACGCACGGCCAUGACGUACAGCGAGAAGGUGGAGGAGUACCACAUGCGCUACGCCUUUAUGAAGUCAUGGGCGGGCUUGUUGCGCAUCCUUGGCUGUGCCGAGCUCCUCUUAGGUGCUGCUGUCUUUGCAUGUGUCUGUGCCUACGUGCACAAAGAUAACGAGUGGUUUAACAUGUUUGGCUACGCUGAGACUGGCUUUGGAGGGAGUUACGGAGGGGCCAUGGGGGGGAUGUACGGCAACUACGGCGGCAACUACGGCAGCAACUACAGAGGACCCAAGACCCCGUUCGUCCUGGUGGUGGCCGGAUUGGCCUGGAUUGUCACAGUCAUCGUGCUCGUGCUGGGGAUGACCAUGUACUACCGCACCAUCUUGCUGGACUCCAGCUGGUGGCCAGUGACGGAGUGCAUCAUAAACGUAGCACUGGCCGUGUUGUAUUUGUCAGCAGCUAUAGUAUAUGUGAAUGAUACGUUACGUGGAGGGCUCUGCAAUUCCCCGUAUUUCAACAACGGCCCCAAUGCUGCCUUUUGUCGCACCGAAGCUGGACAAACGGCCGGCAUCAUUUUCCUUUUCCUCACCAUGCUGCUGUACCUGGUGGGGGCUGGAGUGUGUCUCAAACUGUGGAGGCACGAAAAGGCAAGACUACGCCGGGAGGCCCUGGCGCAAGAGAUGAAGACUGUCGCAUCGUUACCGCUGACCAUGGUUGGACCCGGAUCCAGUGUAUCAGCACCAGUCUAUAAACCUCAAACAAUGGCUUCUCCUGACAUUGUGGAUGAUGAUCGAACUGUUCCACCAGCUGUGAUGGAGCCGGAGUACCGGAGGGGUCAUAUACCAGCGGGACACAUCCCUAAACCAGUGGUCAUUGCAGAUUAUGUGGCGAAGUACCCCACCAUUCGCACCGAUGAGGAAAAGGACCAGUACAAAGCUGUGUUUAACGAUCAGUAUGCCGAGUACAAGGAGCUCCACGCCGAGGUUCAGGUGCUGGCUAAGAAGUUUGACGAGAUGGACAGUCUGAUUAAGAGCCUGCCAUCUCAGCCGUCCAAUCAAAUGGAGCGAGACCGGAUCAACCAAAUCAUGCAGGAGUACCAGAGGAAAAAGAACGACCCCACCUUCCUGGAGAAGAAGGAGCGAUGCGAGUACCUGAAGAGCAAACUCUCCCACAUCAAGCAGAAGAUCCAGGAAUACGACAAAGUGAUGGACUGGAACGAUGGCUACAGUUAAAACACGUGACCUCAUCAUCGUCUCUGCUGUCUGACAUCGUCACUAACCCAGAGUACUGACAGCGUUAAUGUGUGUGUACUGUGACCCCAGUCACCUGAUCCAGGGUUAAGUCUGAUCUCUGAUGCUUCACUUGCCUGUAAAAUAAACACUAGCACUGUUCAUGAAGUUGUAUAUAGUACUAUAAUCUAAAGGCAGAAUGCUUUUUAAGAAGUUUUUUUUUUUUUUUUUAAGGGAAAAAAACGGCUAUUUAAAUUUGAAAUUAAUUUUUAUUACACGCAGCUCGACAUGUGCCAAAAAUCCGUGUCCUUGUUCCGACUGCUGUCCGCACGCAGGCAGCCUCCUGGAGUGGAAAAGCGUAUUUGAACGUGUCCUUGCUCCACUUACACUAAGGAUUUUUAAAUUGUCACAUGUUAAAUGAGGUGAUUUUAUAUUAUUUGUAUAUAAUCUCACUUUUUUUUUUUUCUCCAUCAUUUCAUGUGAUCCCCAUCCACCAGGAGAAAACAACUUUUACGCUAACCUUAUACUUUGUGAAGAAAGAGAAAUUCCCUCACGACUACUUUUUUUUUUUUUUUUCCCUUAAGCGUACGGUCACGGUGAUGGACAUAACUUUGUGUGAAAACCUUUUUUUUUUUUUUUUUCUCCCACGUUUUAUAACAAGUUCCUCAAAUUCACUCUGGCUUGUUAGAAUGUUUAGGAAAUUUGUGCGAGAUUGUAGUUUUUUUAAAAUGUGAAUUCUUGUAAUUGUAUUUUUGAAAGAUGAUCUAUGCAAUGUGAGACAAUGUUUUAAAUUUUAAAACAUUUUUUAAAGUCAUAGCCAAUUUUACAGUCCUAGCCAAUGUUUCUACAGAAUCCCUGUAUGUACAGUAUGUGCUGCUGGAUGUUAUUGAGUGACGUGGCUUAUUUUAGAUGAGACAAAAUGCACAGGUUUUUUUUUUUCUUCUCUCCAGCUGUCUGCAUAAUCUGUGAUCUUUGCCAUAAUGUAACAUGUUUGCAUGGAGGUGCUUAGAGAAAUUUUACACUUUUGUAUCAGGAGAGUAAAAAAGACAACUUGCGUUAA